AUGGCCCCCUCCUUGACUUCUGUGGUCGAGCAACCCUACUUCACACAUGCCUCGCAUGUGAAGUCAAGUCUUCACACGGCCCAAGACCCAGCUGCUGCACGUUAUGUGGCCAAUGGGUGGGCUGACCUGCCAAUCUCUGGCUGGUCAAGCAGUAUUCACCCUUUGGAACCUGAAAUUACGCGCGAUGUCGAUUCGUAUUUUCUCCAACACUGGCCGUUCAAGACGGAGAAGGACCGCAAGAAGUUUGUCUUGGCUGGUUUCACGCGGGUGACUUGUCUAUAUUUUCCGCUUGCCGAGGAUGACCGCAUUGCCCUUGCAUCCAAGCUCUUGACUAUCUUGUUUCUCAUUGACGGCAUGUUCACCUCUCCGUACAACCUUCUGGAAGACAUGUCAUUCGAAGAUGGCGCAGCCUACAACAGCCAUCUCAUGCCCAUUGCUCGCGCAGAAGUGUUGCCGGACCGCAACAUCCCAGUCGAGUGGAUGUGGUAUGAUCUAUGGCAAGACAUGAGAGCCAAGGAUAGCCAACUCGCAGAUGAGAUUUUGGAGCCGACAUUUACCUUCAUGAGGGCUCAAACAGACAAGUCCCGACUGACAGUGAAGGAACUGGGGCACUACUUGACCUAUCGUGAGAAAGACGUUGGCAAGGCGUUGCUUUGCGCUCUGAUGAGAUUCUCCAUGAAGCUCCACCUCAGCAGCGAGGAGAUUGCCUCCGUUGUGCCUGUCGAGCAAAACUGUGCAAAGCAUCUUUCCGUGGUCAACGACAUUCUUAGCUGGGAUAAAGAAUAUAUCCAGUUUCAUGAAGGACAUCCUGAAGGCUCUGCUAUCUGCUCGGCGGUGCAGGUGCUCUCGACCGAAACUUGCCUGCCCUAUGCGGCGUGUAAGCGCGUGCUCUGGAUUCUCUGUCGCGAGUGGGAAAAGGAACACGACGCGCUGGUAUCCAAGCGACUUUCGUCCACUGCAAACCCCGCCAGUAAGGAUCUCAAGACAUAUAUGAAGGGUCUGGAGUAUCAGAUGAGUGGGAAUGAAUAUUGGAGCCUGACCACCCUUCGAUACAAUUCGCCCAACUAG